ACAAGACCAACUGGUGCACCUUAAAACUUGUUCUAUCUUUUCCUCCUCCUCUCCCUUCACCAGGGAUCACAAAUAUGGCUUCUUUCACUCAGCUUUUUUCUUUUCUUUUCCCUCUGUUGGCGACUUCAUUACAUAGAAUUUCAGCCUUUGAAGUUUCCAUAAAAACGUCUGUUAUAGCUCCUCUUAAUUGCUCUGCCAAUAUCAAAACAUGUAAUGCCUUCCUCUACCACAUAAGCCACAAUCACACAGUUGAAGAAAUUGCCACCUUUUACUCCGUUAGUUCUUCCCAAAUCAAUCCUAUAAUGUAUAGAACCAGACAAGAUUACCUCAUAACAGUACCUUGUUCUUGCAAAAUAACCAAUGAACUUAGCGGAUAUUUCUAUGAUACAACCUACACAGUCAGGCCAAAUGACAUUUUCUCGAAUAUUUCAGACCUGAUUUACAGUGGCCAAGCCUGGCCAGUUACCGGUACGUUGUUUCCGGAAGAGCAUUUAUCGAUACAUAUUCCAUGUGGGUGUUCAGAAAAUGAGUCUCAAAUAGUUGUCACCUACACAGUUCAGCAGAAUGAUACACAAACAACUAUUGCUAAUCUGUUAAAUUCUACACGGGCUGGCAUACUGAGCAUGAACAUAAUUCUAGAUAAGAACACUGGUUUCAUAGACCUUGGUUGGGUGCUGUUUGUUCCCAAGGAAUUGAAAGGGCUUCGUGUUCCACCUUCUAACAAAAAAGAAAAGAAACAUAAGAACUGGAUAAUCAUCAUUGGCAUCUUAGCGGGCGUGGUAUUACUUUCAAUUAUUGCAAUCAUCAUUGUCAUUCUCAGGAGAAAAGGAGCCAAUCAAAUCAGCAAAGAAGAUUCACAAGUUGUCUCUAAAAGAUCAAUUCGCAGUAGAAAAUUCUCCUCAAUGAACAGUAACCUUCAUACGCGAUACAUUUCUGAUGCAAUGUCAAUAGAAUCAGAAAGACCAGUAGUGUACAACCUUGAUGACAUUGAAGAGGCUACAAAUUACUUUGAUGAAACUCAAAAAAUUGGAAGGGGUGGAUUUGGGAGUGUGUAUUUCGGAAUGUUAGGGAAGACGGAGGUUGCUGUGAAGAAGAUGAGGUCUAAUAAAUCUAGAGAGUUCUAUGCAGAACUCAAGGUGUUGUGUAGGAUCAAUCAUAUCAACAUUGUGGAGCUGUUGGGAUAUGCCAGUGGAGAAGAUCACCUCUAUUUGGUGUAUGAGUAUGUAUCAAAUGGAUCUCUUAGUGACCAUCUUCAUGAUCCAUUACUAAAAGGUUACCAGCCUCUUUCAUGGAGUGCUAGGGUUCAGAUUGCACUUGAUGCUGCAAAAGGUCUUGAAUAUAUACAUGAUCAUACGAAAGCACGAUAUGUUCACCGAGAUAUAAAGACUAGCAAUAUCCUUCUUGACGAAAAGCUCAGAGCUAAGGUAGGAGAUUUUGGACUUGCAAAGCUAGUAGACAGAACCAAUGAUGAAAGUUUUAUAGCAACAAGGCUUGUUGGAACACCAGGCUACCUUCCACCAGAAUCUGUGAAGGAGCUUCAGGUGACCCCAAAAACUGAUGUCUUUGCAUUUGGAGUGGUUUUGUCAGAGCUAUUAACAGGAAAACGUGCACUAUUCCGAGAGAGCAAAGAAGCCACCAAAAUGAACUCACUUAUUACUGUUGUUAAUAAAGUAUUUCAAGAUGAUGACCCGAUGAUUGCUUUAGAAGAUGUCAUAGAUAAUAAUCUCGAAGCCAGCUAUCCAAUGGAAGAUGUCUACAAGAUAGCAGAAAUAGCAGAGUGGUGCUUACAAGAAGAUCCAAUGGAAAGGCCUGAAAUGAGAGAUGUCGUUAGGGCAUUGACCCAAAUUGUGAUGUCCUCGAUAGAGUGGGAAGCAUCACUAGGCGGAAACAGUGAAGUCUUUAGCGGUUUGUAUAGUGGAAGAUGAAAAAUCUUGUUUCUAAUUACUAUGUGAAAUCAUUAGUAUAGUAAACUAUCCCAUGUACAUUUACUGAUAUCAUAAUUAUACAAGUUAUAUAUAUAUAUAUAUAUAUAUAUAUAACUUGAUUAAAUCGUAUUGCAAAUACACUUAGAAAGUUCACUAAUGAAA